AUGGUCUCCCACGACGUCUAUUUGCUGCCCCUCAACGACGACGGGUCGCCGCAAGUGCCGGGCGAGUACGUCUACCUGGCACCUACGUGCAGCGACCCUGUCAUCAUCCGCUUUGCCAUCGAGGGAACCUCGAGCAUCUGCUGUCAUGGCAGUCUUUGGGUCAACAUCCCCGAGCGCGGGGCUGAAUUUAGGAGAGACAAGUUCCGCGAGUUCAAACUAGUCCCUGAUUUCAAUCGCACCAUCGAAAUUUCCAUCCCUAUCUACGAAGCCGGCGCGUAUGCCUACUACAUCACCUACGCAGAGCUGCCCGACCUCGCGGAGCACUUGGCCGAAACAAACCACAACACCCCUGUGAAGAAGAAGCAAACUCCGUGGUACUACAUCGAUGUGGCUCCUCGUCUAACACUUGACGGACAGCCCCUGCCCUUGCCAGCCUUGUCAAUUUUCUCCGUCAUCAGCAAAUUCAUGGGCAAGUAUCCCCACGACUGGGAGCGUCAUCUCAGGGGUAUUAGUGAUCGGGGAUACAAUAUGGUACACUUCACACCACUACAGGUUAGGGGUGCAUCCAACUCUCCCUACAGUCUGUACGAUCAGCUCGGCUGGGAUCCUGCUUGCUUCCCCAACGGAGAGAAAGACAUCGAGCAGUUGGUCGAGAGCUUAGAGAAGAACCACUCCCUGCUCAGCUUGACGGAUAUCGUCCUCAACCACACCGCUCACAAUACCCCCUGGUUGCAAGAGCACCCAGAGGCUGGCUACAACUUGACGACGGCCCCAUGGCUCGAGUCGGCUUAUCUCCUCGAUACCAAACUCCUCGAGCUGAGCUACCGGUUGGAGGAGUUGGGCCUCCCUACCGAACUCAGAUCGGUAGACGACUUGAUGAAGAUCAUGGAGGCCAUCAAGAAAGAGGUCAUCACUUACAUCAGGCUCUGGGAGUACUAUGUUCUUGAUGUAGACCGGGACGCUGAUGCUAUCGUGGAAUCCUGGGUUGUCGGGAAGGCCACCUUCCCAGAGGGUUCCCUCGGUUCAGAUGGCCCGGAUGCACUUCGUGCUGCCUCCCCCGAGGAACAGGCGAAGUGGCUGACAAAGCACGGUCUGAAGGGCAUGGAUCGCCUCGGAGAGCGCUUCAGGAGGAAAAUCGAUCCCAAAGUUGGCGCUGCUCUCUUGUCCUCUUUGUUCGGCAAAUAUGAGGUGACGCCCGAGGGCACCUCCGACCAAGUGGCAGUCCGCGCCGCGAUGGGCAAGAUCCUCGACAUCGUCAAUGUCCAGUUUUACGAGGAGUACGACAAGGACGUCGCUGAGAUCCUCCAGCAGCUAUUCAAUCGAAUUAAAUACAUGCGUCUUGAUGAACAUGGCCCAAAACUAGGACCAAUCAACCACCAGAACCCCCUGAUUGAAACGUACUUCACUCGUCUGCCACGCAACGAGGUGACAGCCAAGCACAAGAAGGAGGAUCUGGUCCUGGUCAACAAUGGCUGGGUCUGGGGCGGCAAUGCACUAGUCGACAAUGCGGGGCCGAAAUCCCGUGUGUAUCUGCUUCGCCAAGUCAUUGUAUGGGGUGACUGCACCAAGCUACGAUAUGGCGAUGGGCCGCAGGACAGCCCUUGGCUUUGGGACCACAUGACAAAGUAUGCGCGGAUGCUGGCCAAGCACUUCCACGGAUUCCGGAUCGACAACUGUCACUCAACACCCAUCCAUGUCGCUGAGCAUAUCCUCGAUGAGGCCCGCCGCGUCCGGCCUAACUUGUAUGUCGUCGCUGAGCUGUUCACCGGCUCUGAGGAGACAGACUACAUCUUUGUGAAGCGACUGGGUCUCAGCGCUCUCAUCCGUGAAGCCAUGCAAGCAUGGAGUACGGGCGAGCUGAGCCGCUUGGUCCACCGGUACGGAGGACGGCCGAUCGGAAGCUUCGAGGUUGAUGAGAUCUCCACCAGCGAAGUGCGAACCAUGGUCAAUGGAACUUCUAAUGGCGAGGAGUACACCCGGGAGAUCAUCCGCCGCAUCAAGCCAGUCACCGUUCAGGCGCUGUUCAUGGACUGCACUCAUGACAACGAAACGCCUGCGCAGAAGAGAGACGCCAGAGAUACGCUGCCUAACGCGGCCUUGGUCAGCAUGUGUAACUGCGCCAGCGGCAGUGUAAUGGGGUAUGAUGAAAUCUACCCCAAGUUGAUCGAUCUUGUUAACGAGACACGUUUAUACACCUCGGAGUCGUCCAAGCAUGCGGUUAAACUGGGCGAAGGCCAGGGGGGCAUCGCCGGCGUCAAGAAGCUGCUCAACCAGAUCCAUACCCUGAUGGGCAUGGAUGGCUACGACGAGACGCACGUCCAUCAUGAGGACCAGUACAUCACUGUUCACCGAGUGCAUCCGGAAUCUAGGAAGGGGUACUUCCUCAUUGCUCAUACAGCCUUCCCUGGCUAUGGUAACGGUAAUGGGGCGUUCAACCCUGUGCAUCUCAAGGGCACCAGGGUCAAGCACCUGGGCAGUUGGAUGCUUGAGGUUGAUGAUAGCAAGGAGACUGUUGAGGAAGUGCUUGGCGACAAACGGUAUCUGCGUGGUUUGCCUAGCCGACUUGUUGCACUGCCAGGUGUUCGCGUGGAGGUCAAGGGUGACGAAACAAUCAUCACCGUUCGCGAUAGAUUCCCUCCGGGCAGCAUUGCCCUGUUCGAGACGUGGAUCCCAGCCGCAGAGCAUUCCAGCGGGUUAGAUACUUUUGUGACAUCCGGCGCAAAGGCUGCCAUGCAGGAGUUGGAUCUGGUCGAUUUAAACUUCCUGUUGUACAAGUCCGAGCCUGAAGAGCGUGACUCGAGCGAAGGGCGUGAUGGCGUUUAUGACAUUCCCGGAUAUGGCAAGCUCGUGUAUGCCGGUCUGCAGGGUUGGUGGAGCGUGCUCGAGCCGAUCAUCAGGGAGAACAACCUCGCACAUCCACUGUGCCAGAACCUGCGUGACGGUCAGUGGGCGCUCGAUUACAUUGUCGGGCGGCUGGAGCGUGCAGCAAAGCUGCCGCAGUACGCUCGUUUAGCAAAGCCGGCAGAGUGGCUCAAGGAGCGAUUUGAUGCUAUCCGGAGCAUACCCAGCUUCUUGCUUCCGCGAUACUUCGCUUUGGUGGUCAGGACUGCGUACAGAGCUGCAUUCGAACGGGGAAUUUCCCUCAUGAGUCCCAACAUUCAGAAUGGCCAGUGGUUCCUCAAGAGCCUGGCUAUGGUUAGCGUGCAGCAGACUGGCCUAGUGAAGUCCGCGUCCUUGUAUCCCGACCGUCUGGUUCCUUCGCUGGCUGCUGGUUUGCCGCACUUCUCGGUCGAGUGGGCUCGCUGUUGGGGUCGGGAUGUCUUCAUCUCCUUGCGUGGUCUGUAUCUAGGUACUGGGCGGUUUGAGGAGGCCAAGGAGCACAUUCGCGCUUUUGCAAGCGUCCUGAAGCAUGGAAUGAUUCCUAACUUGCUCGGAAGCGGUAAUAACCCACGGUAUAAUGCCCGCGACUCAGUCUGGUUCUUUUUGCAGUGUGUGCAGGACUACACCCGUCUUGUCCCUGAUGGGCUGGCCAUUUUGGAUGAGAGGGUCAAGCGUCGGUUCUUGCCAUAUGACGACGCUUGGUUCCCUGUCGACGAUCCUCGUGCCUACAGCAAGGAGAGCACCAUCGGCGAGAUCAUCCUGGAGAUCUUCCAACGCCAUGCCGAAGGCAUGAAGUUCCGUGAGGCCAACGCCGGUCCUGGUCUCGACUCCCAAAUGCGUGACGAAGGCUUCAAUCAAGAAAUAUAUGUUGACUGGUCCAACGGUUUCGUUUUCGGCGGCAACCAGUUCAACUGCGGCACGUGGAUGGACAAGAUGGGCGAGAGCGAACGUGCUGGCAACAAGGGCAUUCCCGGAACCCCUCGCGACGGUGCGGCAGUUGAGAUAACCGGCCUGCUUUACAGCGCCCUGAAGUGGGUUUCCAGCCUGCAUGCUGCAGGCAAAUACCCUUACGACGGUGUUCGUAAGGUCGAUGGCUCCCACAUUACUUUUGCCGCCUGGGCCGAUCUCAUCAAAGCCAACUUCGAGCGCUGCUUCUACAUCCCGCUCUCCCCUGAAGACGAUUCGAAGUAUGAUGUCAACCCAGCAAUCAUCAACCGCCGCGGCAUCUACAAAGACCUGUACCGCUCAGGCAAGGAGUACGAAGACUACCAGCUGCGGCCCAACUUCCCCAUCGCCAUGACUGUUGCCCCGGAGCUCUUUGAGCCAACCCGUGCAAUGCACGCACUUUGUGUCGCUGACGCCGUACUACGCGGCCCAACCGGCAUGGCUACUCUCGACCCUUCAGAUCUCAACUACCGCCCUUACUACCGCAACAGCGAGGACAGCGACGAUUUCGCGACCAGCAAGGGUCGGAACUACCACCAGGGACCAGAGUGGCUCUGGCCAACGGGUUUCUUCCUUCGGGCGUUGCUCAAGUUCGACCUGAUGCGUCGCGGGAAGGGCACCGGACGGGAUACCGAGGAGGGACGGACCGAGGCGUUCCAGCAAGUGACGAGGCGACUCAAGGGUUGCAAGGAGAUGAUCUUGACGAGUGUCUGGGCUGGGUUGACGGAGUUGACGCAAAAGGCGGGAGAAUUUUGUCCUGAUUCGUGCCCAAGUCAGGCCUGGUCUGCUGGCUGCUUGAUUGACUUGUACAUGGAUGCUGCAGAGGAGCAAGCCAAGUUCGAUGCCGAGGGCAAGGGACAAGAGCUGCCGCUGAGAUGA